AUGGCUCGAAUGGACAAAUGUUGCGGCUGCAUUCCUAUGAGAGCGGGUGUGAUAACUAUAGCAAUAUUUUGGCUAAUCAUAGGAAUAUAUAACCUUAUUCAAAAUAUUGAGUUUCAACUUAUCGCUGUUAAGGAUUAUUAUUCAAACGUAUAUAAAACUCUUGAAAUAGUAAUUAAAUAUGCUUUAAUUAUAAAUUCUCUGACGAUUUUAGUGACUGUGUUUGGAAUUAUUGUUGUAUGUUCCAUGGGAUCAGCACGACUUUUGAAAAUCUUUCUUGGUCUUUAUAUUCUUAUCAUAGUUCUUCAUUUGAUACAUGCUAUCUAUUUUACCGUUGUUAUUUCUUCGUAUGAAUUCUUUGACUUUUUUAUAGAUAUUACAAUUAAAAACUUCAUUGGACCAUUAAUUGGGAUUUAUUUUGCCAAGGUUAUUGCUGAUUAUAUUGCAAUUGUUGAAUCUGCAACAACGUCUAGAACAAUUGAAGAUUCUGAAGUAGCAAAUAAUCAAGUUGUUACUAAUGUACAAGGAUAA